AUGUCCUUGGAAGGAGGCUCGACGAGCGAAUGGAGUGAUGAACCGUCAAGUUUCUUCGCGUGGACGUCCAAUAUCCCAUUUAAUGGACCAAUGAACACCGUAACACCGGGCUCCAACAGUAGCCUCAGUGUCGUGGAUUCGGAAUCUGCUGGCGAUGCUCCUCUUGCACUCCUCGAGAAUGACCUCAGCGCACUUGAGGGUGGCAACGAUGAUCCGGUUUUAGCUACAGAAUGCGAGGAUAGCUACGAGAGAAAAAAAUCUAUUCAGCGAUAUGGCUCAAUAGCAGGACAAGAAGCUCCGUGGAGUUUCUGCAUUGCCUCCGACAAGGCAGCAAAAGAAUAUGCUCGAUCUACAAUGACCCGAAAUUUGGUACGGAUAUAUCACGAUAGUAUGGAAAACGCACUCUCUUGCUGGUUAACAGAACACAACUGUCCGUAUGGGCACUCUGCUGGAGGCAUUAUCCCAUACAAAGAGAAGGAAGCCUGGGCGCCAAAUUGGUCCAACAGAAUGUGCAUCCGGGUCUGUCGGCUGGAUCGAGUAGCCUCAUCCGUCCGCGGUCGCACUUUAAGUGCAGAAGAAGAUAGGAUUGCGGCUCGAGCCCUUCAUUUGGCAAUCAUGGCGUUUGCCUCUCAAUGGAUUCAGCAUGCUCAGAAAGGGACUGGAUCAUCGAUUCCGGAAGCGAUCGAUCAAGACGAAAGAUCCAUCCGUGAAUAUGUUUGGAACAAGGCACGACAUGCUCUAGAACACACAACCGGAAUACCUUCUUUCCGUAUCAUUUUCGCAAACAUCAUUUUCUCUCUUACCCAGUGCCCCUUAAAAGAUCGACAGAAUCAAUCCCUAGGCCGGCUUUUGGAGGCUGACCGCGCGCCUAUCUUCCUUGAAAACGCAAACCGCCAGUUAUAUACGUUUCGACAUAAGCUGACGCGACUCCAACGGGAGGCAUCCCCUUUAAUGCAAGAAAGGCGAAGGCAAUCAGUGUCAUCGUCAAUGACUGAUGCUUUGGGAUUAUUGCAGCCAUCGGAGACUCAAGGAGUGGACCCGAUUCUAUCAAAUCAGGAGUAUCGCACAACGCUCAGUCUGAUGUUCUGGUUAGGCAUCAUGUUUGGUACCCUCAGCGCUGCGAUGUAUCAACGCCCACUCGUCGUUUCAGAUGAAGAUAGCCAAAUAUCAUCGGCCUCGCCCGCAAUGUUUGACCCCGGAUCCCAGUUUGAGUUCGGUGGUUGGAACAUUCCUCGGAAGGGAAUAACUGAAAAACAAGAUGUAUGGGGUGAUUUCUUCCUACGCCACCAAGUCGAGUCUGGGCAAUCGACUCAGGCUCAACCUAGAUGGCCAUGUUCCUACGACGAAGCUGCUUCGGUGCUUUCAGAGGCUACCCCUGUCAAAGUGCUCCUAUACCGCCGUGUCACACAGCUCCAAACUCUUGUUUAUCGAGGUGCUCCCUGCGACCGCCUUGAAGAAGUCAUUCAGAAGACUAUCUUUGUUUAUCGCCAUUGGAAAUCCAAGUAUGAGGGAUUUAUGCUGGAUUGUGUUGCAAAUCAUGAGCUACUUCCUCCGCCGAUGCUGCUGGCGGAUGUGAUUGAAGGUAUUGAUCGCGGUGGGCUGGGCUCUGAUUUCGAACGAGAGACCAGGGAAGCUACAAAUUUCGUCACGACGCUCAGAAUAGAUAAUGCCUUUGCAGUUGGUGGCCUGGCUCGGUCCUCGUUACAUGGUCGAGAGCCCACUAUGCACCGACAUUUCCAUGAUUCUCUCAAUGAAGUUGCAUUCCUAGUUGAACCAUGGACUGUUGUGCUCAUUCAUUCAUUUGCAAAGGCCGGUUAUAUUUCGCUUGAAAAUCUUGAUGUCUCUGGCAAGUAUGCUUCGUUGACGGAGAGUCUGCGUGAAAAUUGUGAUUUCUGUAUUCGGGCCCUUGAAUACCUUGGAAGAAAGUCAGAUAUGGCUACUGUCGUCGCUGAAACGCUUUCAAAAUCUUUAGACGCUCGAUUUGCCCCGGAGCAUGACAAUUACGAGUCUAGGAUCUUGACGCCAAGCAGUCUAUCCCCAGACAUGGCUCUUUUCAACGAACAGCUUACUGGUAACAUCGAUGUGCUCGUGUCUCAAUGA